GUGUGGUGUCCUUAGUGGCUGUCCAUCCCUCCACAGUAAACACGCUUGGGAAGCAGCUCUUGCCAAAAACGUUCGGACAGUCCAAUGUCAACAUCGCUCAGCAAGUGGUACUGUGCGUUAUGUUAGAACAGUCACGCCUGAGAAUAGCUGGGUGACUGUAGCAACAGUUCUGUCGUUAGUACCAGUUUAAAUAGUUGGGAGGAAGACCAACGUGAAGAGUUUUCUGUUGGUGCCUUUCCGACCUUCAGCUUAUCAACCUGAAGUUCCACCGCUGACUUGCCCCAAGCCGUCUCGGAGCCGAGCUAGUUAUGGAAAUGUGUUCUUCCCAGAAUCCCAGUUCUGAGAGUUAAAGCUGGCCUGCCACAGAUGCCUGCCCAUCUCUACAGACAGAGGGCUAAAAGCAGAAGAGCUGGCAGGUUCCCACAGGAGGGAAGUCCAUGGAAAAUAGUGAAAAUAGGGGAGUGAGGGGAGAAAACCUGCGGUGUCCUCCGCGAGGCUGUGGGCAGUGAGUGGCCCGUGGGCCCGGGGUGUGCUCCCCGCUCCCCUGUCCUGUUGUCGAAGGAGGCUGCCCUUGUAGUGAGCACCUGUUGGGCGCCUGCUGUGUGCCUGGUGCUGUGUUCUCCUUGCAGAACAGUGGGACCCACGGGAGGUGUCCUUAGGGGUGGACGGUGGAGUGGGCGCUUGUGUCCGCUGGGGCAGUGACACCGAGGCUGGGCACCCCUCUUGGGGGGCGCGGCAGCGGCCUGGCCUGUGCGGGCCACGCAGGGCUGGGCCGGCGUCCUGGGCCUGCUCUCCUGAGGACGUAGCGGGCUGAGUGCUGAGAGGGACGGGUCUCGAGGUUCCCGAGCCGGUGACCACGGGCUUUGGCUGCACGCACCUCCCACCGAGACCCGGGGCCCCGUCAGCGCACACCCGUGAGGCCCUCACCUCUGGGGGUUCAUCCUCUUUUCCAUCCUGUUUCCCUUUCCAGAGCACUUGCUAUUUGAUUUCAUGUCUUUUGGAUGAGAGUGACCUACAGUUUGAAAAACACUGUGACGAUGCUUUAUCGUGACACUGGGAACGUGAAUUAAAAGAAUGAAAUUCAGCUAAGCUGUUUUUCUUUCUGUGGUUUGUGGAUCAUUAACAUUGACAGGUGACCUGGGCUUAGGGAUAAUUUGCAGUGUGCCAGGUCAGCUGUCCCAGGGCCACGGCAGGUAACCCUUAUCCCACUAAGCAGCAGACUAGCGGGAGUGUCCCGCUUAAAAUAGCCCGGACACGGCCUGCUCUCCACGCGCCCAGCGCUGGGGACCCAGUGCUGACACAUUCGGCAACGUCACCGUGCAGUCACCAGGAAACGGUGCUUCUGAGUGGUUUCCUGGGUCGGGCACGAGAUCUUUGGGAAGCUAGAAUUUUACUUGGCUGGAUGAGGCAGUGUCCCCGUGUCCCCCGUUAACGUGUGACUGUCGAUUGAUGGGACCAGGGUUCUGAGUGCUUGGUGUCAGAAGACAGGCCUUCUGUGCAGGGACGGGUGUCUGUGUGUUGGGGGCGGCGGGACCCCUGCCUUUGCCCCGGUGCCAUUGCCUCUCCUCCGCCCCGUGCUGUCUGGGGUGCCCGGGGCUCCCCGCUUGGCUGGGUGGGCUGGUGGGGCACUGCAGCAAGCCUCGCUAGCCCUGCGUUCCUUUUUCUCUUCAUUUUUGGGCCUCAUCGUAGCACCGCUGAAGCGUAGAGUUUUAUCCUGUCAUGUGUCGUUGAAAGGAAGGGAAGUAAAAGAGGAACGUGAGGGUCCCACCCGGAGUUGUCUCCAGGCCCGGCCAGGCCGCUGGGCGUCCCCCGCUGCCCAGGGCUCCAGGUGUCCCCGCUGGGUGCUCACGUGACCGCUCUCUAACCUUUGUGGUUAAUGGAACUCAGCGGCGGCUGUAGGUAAUUGGUACGCCUCAGAGACCUGCAGCGCCAAACACUAUCGUGGUAGGAAGCCCACACACCCCUAACACUCACUUUGUCUCCCAGAACCAGCCUUCAGACCCCUCACCUUGGUCUGCCGGGAAGCGUAACAGGAAAGGGGAGAAGAACGGUAAGGGGCUGAGGCAUUUCUCCAUGAAGGUCUGCGAGAAGGUGCAGCGGAAGGGGACCACGUCCUACAACGAGGUGGCGGAUGAGCUGGUGGCAGAGUUCAGUGCUGCCGACAACCACAUCUUACCGAACGAGUCGGCCUACGACCAGAAGAACAUCAGACGGCGCGUCUACGACGCCCUGAACGUGCUGAUGGCCAUGAACAUCAUCUCCAAGGAGAAGAAGGAGAUCAGGUGGAUCGGCCUGCCCACCAACUCCGCCCAGGAGUGUCAGAACCUGGAGGUGGAGAGACAGAGAAGGCUGGAAAGAAUAAAGCAGAAGCAGUCGCAGCUCCAGGAACUUAUCCUGCAGCAAAUCGCCUUUAAGAACCUGGUGCAGAGGAACCGCCAGGCGGAGCAGCAGGCCAGCCGGCCGCCCCCCGCCAACUCCGUCAUCCACCUGCCUUUCAUCAUCGUGAACACCAGCAAGAAGACGGUCAUCGACUGCAGCAUUUCCAACGACAAGUUUGAGUACCUGUUUAAUUUUGACAACACGUUUGAAAUCCACGAUGACAUUGAGGUGCUGAAGCGCAUGGGGAUGGCCUGCGGCCUGGAGUCCGGGAGCUGCUCCGCCGACGACCUGAAGGUGGCGAGAAGUUUGGUGCCGAAGGCGCUGGAACCCUACGUGACAGAAAUGGCUCAGGGAUCACUCGGCGGUGUCUUUGUCACGUCGGCAGUUUCAACUGCCAACGGCACAAGGCUCUCUGCCAGGUGGUUCCCAGUUACAAGAAAAGCUGCAACGAGCAGCCUGAUGGCUCAGUUUUCCACCCUUCCUGGCUUGGUCGCCAGGCUGGCUUUCCCAGAUGUGGGAUUACUUUGUCGAAGAGCAGCGUCAGUAAAUACCAGUGAAAGUGACCUGGCCAACGGCGCGGACGGGGCGCUGGCCACGAGCUCCAGCGGGUCGCAGUACAGCGGGUCGCGGGUGGAGACGCCCGUGUCGUACGUCGGGGAGGAGGACGAGGACGAGGACUUCCACGAGGACGAGGAGGAGGACUGAGCCCCGUCGGCUCCAGGGACGCGUCCGGGAGGAGAACGGCUGUGAACGGGGGUCCUUCUGUGUCUUCCGUCCUCCUCCCGAGAAGAGCGCGCUGAGCCGCUGGGCUCGGCGUGCGCCGCCGAUAAGCAACGCGCUGUUCUCUGCGGGGUCCUGACGAGUGUCUGAUGCCGACGCACGGCCUCUCUUUACUCUUUCGGAUUUUGUGUUUUCGUUUGCUGUUUUUUUUAAAUUCAGAGUUCAUUUCGCCCCUUCACAGUUCUUGCCGAGUUUGCUGGAGACGUUGUGCUCCGUCCACGCCGAGGGAGAUCAAGGCCCUGCUGCCCGGCGGGCCCGAGGCAGCCGCCGAGGGGGAGGCGCCGCGGAACCGGCAGAUGGCGAGGCUCUGCUUCUCGACGUUCUGUUACGACCUUAUUUCCCGUAAAUUAUAUUGACCGCGUGACUCCAUCGGGUUUCUACUUCGGUUUUGCUCUGUGUUGCAGCCAACGAAUUGCGAAGUUCUUUUUGGUUUUUGUUUGUUUGGUUUGGUAAAAGUUUACUGCCAUGCUGGCGCAGCUGUGGCAACUGUCUGAAAGCUUGGAAUGGUUUAUUGCUUAUGGUAAAAUUUGCCUGAUUUCUUACAGGCAGCGUUUGGGAACUUUUAUUAUAUAGUUGUUUACAUACUUAUAAGUCUGUCAUUUAAAGACAUGUACUGAAACAAAUGUUGUAUUUGUUUCGUAAGCAUCUUCCUGUAAUCUAUUAUAAAGUUGAAAUUAAAUAUAGAGAAUGUUUUAACAGUUUUUUAACUCAAAAUUUGUCAAUCAUUUUUAAUAGUUCUUUUUUUAUAAAAAGAAAAAGGAAUUUCAGGACAGGCAGUAGUCUCUUUUAAAACUUAUUCACCAAGAACCAUUAACUGCACAGUUGCUGUUAGCUGCCUGUUCUAAAAUAAUAGUCUUUUUAUUGGAACACAAACAAACUUUUCUGUAAUAUUUUGUGGAAUAAAGAGACUUUAAUUGUUUGACUUGUUUAACUUGGCACUGUUAGUUUUUAUUAAUAAAGUGCGCAUGGGCAUUUUAAACAA